CGACACAUCUCUCACAGAAGGCAACGUGCUUUUCGAUGCAUUAAAUAAAUAGUCUGCUGCUAGGCUUUGCAUUGCAGCAGACUCUAGUCGUCAUACAAAUACAGCUAUCUAAUUUUAGAAUGACACUGCGAUGACGACGAUUUACCUGUAAUUAUGGCUGAACCUAUUUUUCAGCCCAUAUUUUAAAACAUUACUAAAUUUGGUCAAUAAACCAGUUCAUUACGGAGCUUAGAUUUUUCUUCUUAAUGAGAGGCAAAAGUGAUGAGGGGGAAACUGACCUGAACCACCACCAAUGGGCAGCACCCAGAGGUGAUGCACAGCAACCAUUUUGCACCAGAGCACUCACCACACAUCAACUAAUAUGGAGAGCGGGGGCGAGCAGCCAUGGAUCCCUUCAGCCAGCUGAUUCUCGCCAUCUCAGUGACCAGCUUCUUCACUUUCCAGUGGCUGUUCCACAGUGUCAGCCCGUGGGUGUCCACCCGUGUCAGCGCUGGCUUCCGGGGGCUCAGCCACAAACAGACGAUAGAGUGGAACUCUAGGACAGUAUCCACUUUUCACGCCCUGGUGGUGGGACUCUUCUGUCUCUACAUCUUGCUCUUCGAUGACGCUAUCAAUGAAGAUCCUGUCUGGGGAGAUCCUACACUGGUGAAAAUAAAUGUGGGCAUAACAACAGGCUACCUCAUUUCCGAUCUGCUGCUCAUAUUUUACUUUUGGAAGGCAAUAGGGGACAAGUUUUUUGUAAUCCAUCAUCUGGCAGCGUUGUAUGCUUACUACUAUGUACUGGGCCCAGGAAUGUUGCCUUAUUUUGCUAACUUCCGUCUGCUUGCAGAGUUCUCCACCCCUUGUGUGAACCAGCGCUGGUUCUUUGAAGUGUUAGGUUACCCCAAAUCCUCCAAACCCAACAUUGCCAAUGGAGUGAUGAUGGCAGCCAUUUUCUUCCUGGUGAGGAUCGCGGUUAUGCCGGUGUAUUACACCCGCAUGUACUCCGUCUACGGCACGGAGGCCUUCUACAAGGUGUCCUGGGGUGGGCGCACUGCCUGGAUCUUCUCCAGCUUCUGCCUGGAUAUCAUGAACGUCAUGUGGAUGCACAAGAUCGCCCGCGGAUGCUACAAGGUCCUGCGCUCCAGCAGACAGCGUAAAGUAGACACACAGGAGAACGGGAAGACGGAAUAAGGAGCUGAGAGAGACGGGAGAUACCGCCGGGGCCCACUAAGAAACACACCCCACGCACAGGGUUAUUCUGCUGACAGCCUUGCCUGUGAGUAUCAACCGUCUUCUACAAGUCACGAGCCCGGAAGAGAUGCACAAUUACGGACUAUCCCAGGUUCUGCAUCUCCUUUCUAAACCAGAACUAAACCGAACAUGCUGACACUAUGGGACUAGUGGGUACAGCUGUCGUGUGCAUGGCCAAUUUCCUUUUCUUUUUUUUUUUAAAAUAUGUAAACUUUUUAUUUGCAUUUGGUGCAGCUGUUUAUGAUGAAAUUGAUAUUUUGGUUUUCUACUUAAAUGGAUCAACAUUUUAACACACUGUCAAUGUCCGCAUGGACAUUUCCCCCAUGGACCAUGUUUUUAUUUAUUUUUCACUGAAGAGCUGGUCAGAUGAACCCUGGAAGAUGAUAUUUGGGGUACAGUACUAAGGGUACUGUAGGAGACGGGAUGCAUUUAUUUCAUCCCACUUCACCCCCAUUAAGUCUGGUGUGUUGCCAAUCAAGUGUGCAGCAUACCAGCUGUUCUGAACUGUACAGUACAGCAUACCAGUUAUUCUGAACUGUACAGUACAGCAUACCAGUCAUUCUGAACUGUACAGUACAGCAUACCAGUCAUUCUGAACUGUACAGUACAGCAUACCAGUCAUUCUGAACUGUACAGUACAGCAUACCAGUUAUUCUGAACUGUAUAGUACAGCAUACUAGUUAUUCUGAGCUGUACAGUACAGAAUACCAGUCAUUCUGAACAGUACAAAGCAAGUCUACUGAACUGACUUGUAGAAUGCAAUAUAACGUAUAAUAUAAAAGAAAGUGAACUAAACGGAACUGAAGGAUCUUCUGGGCAUGUCGUAUGGUUCAUUACUUGAGCAGUCACUGUGAUUAAGAGCCAAUAUACUUACAGAAGAGAGCAAGGUGCACUGUCAUUUGGAGAAGUCAUGCGUACACUGAGAUGAGUUAUUCUAUAUGUGUUUCAGCAGUGAUUAGACAUCAGUACAUUCUCUUCCAGAUUUUAAUGUACAUUAGAAUGCAUUUAUUUUUUGAUUUUAUUUUUUUAAACAUAAAGGGGAUUAAAGUGCACUUAUGUCUGUGUGACAUACCACAGGAUAUCUCACAUAGCUUGCCUCUUAAACUUGACUAGUGAGGCAGAGAGAACUGAUAAAAUGUGCCAAUUGAAGGAUUUUAACUGUUGUGCAUCAUGGGAGAUUGUGACAGGAUUCUGACAUAUUUAUCACCAAAAACCAUUAUGAUUUUGCCAUUACAUUUUCAAACAACUGGGAGGUAAAUACCAUAUUAUGUACUCAUAAAAUGAAAUUAGGAGGUAGGGUGCAACAUGGUGAGACAGGUUUUAUGUUUUUUUUUUUAAUCUUUGGAACAUCCACAAAAUUAACAUUUUCCUCUUUGUACAGUGAGCCGGUGCAUGCCACAGUCUUGUUCUCAGAAUGUUUUCAUAUUAAAUGUAGAGAUGUAAUCGAACAUUAUUUUACAAGUAAACUGAUGUACUGCAUUCAGUCAAUAUUGAAUUUGAGUUGAAUAGCAUUGGAUCAGUUUCAAAGAAUAUUGCAAUGCCAUAAAAUUAUGUCUAUUAUACAGUGACAAAUGUACCCUGUGGACAAAGACAAUUGCACGUCUGGGACCUUGCACUUUGAUGGCAGGACCUUUUCUACAUCGUACCUAAUUUAUGGUAAAACCAGUGAAUUACUGGACCAGCACGUCUAUGUUUGUACUUGCAUAUUUAUUAUAUUAAUGGAACUGUAUGACAUAUGGCUUAUAAAUGGUGUUUGUGAUGUUUCUACUGUAGAUAUAAAAGGAAGAACUCACUGAGCAGUGACACAUUAGCUAUAAUAUAUUGAGGGUGCAUCUGCUUUCACUAUGCUCUUAGCACUUUAGUAUAGAAUGCACAUUUUCGCCAUGUACUCAUGUACAUUAAAGGGAAAUCCAACUUCUCUGCCAGAGGGCGGUGAUUGUCUCCUGUGUGUCAGAGUUGGACUGAUGACAUAAGCACUGAAAAUGAAUCUGACAGGAAUGGAACUUGGUGAAAUGGCCCUUUCACAAGCUUUACUUUCUAUUUGUACUUGAAUUUUCUUUUCUUUUUUUAUGUAAAUAUAUAUUUUAUUUUUUACUGUGCUUGUUUUUUCUUUUCUUUUUAUUUUUUUACUUCAUUUACUGGGCACUGACGCAGGUUUAAACGGAGUUCUUGUCUGUGGGAAUCCAGAGAAAGCAAGCUUUAUCAACAGCCUUAUAAUGUGUUCUGCAGUGGUCAUUUGUGCAAGUUGCCUUUUUAGAAAUUGCAAUUAAGAUACUGCAUCUUAAAAGAACCUAAGUGAUACUUUGUGACCAUCAUAGCAUUCAGUAUUUUAAUGUAUAAUUUAUUUAAAACAAAGUUAGUCUGAGCAAGCAGUUUCUGUCAUUCUUGCUUGCCAAUGUCAGUUUGAGGUUAUUUGGUGAGGUUAGGCCUCCCGUACUUACUUUAAUGUACAAGUAUCGCCAUCAGUGCAGUGCGCACUGCUGUGGCACAUUUCUUGACAUUUUAGUAACAUUAUUGCAUUUUAAAUGUUCUCCAUUGCUUUACAGAAGGUCUUAUCCUCAUGCAAUUUAGAUUUUCAGUUAUGUUACGAAGUAAGCCAUCAGUUACAAUACCACGGAUUUGAAUAUCAAGAAAGUCUUGUAUGCUGUCGGGGGUGGAAAAGGGGCCACCAGGGGUGACUGUUGUUUAUGCAUAUUUUGGAGUUUCAUUAAGUUGUUAGUUGUUGAGUGUCCAUUUGUACAUUGCUAGUAAUGUCCCAGCUAAAGAACUUGAUUUGCCGAUCUUCUAGUCUUCAGUAAGCGGGGGCUCAUAUGUGCAAUAUGUCAACAUUUGCUUGCCAGUGUAUUAACAGUGUACAGGCUAUUGGUAAUUUCUUCAUCAGGAUACUGCAAGAGACCAAUAGGUACCACAUUCGACUACAGUAACAAUGGGGAGUAGUUGUUCAGGGAUGAUGGUUGAGGAGAAGAUGGGGCCACUGCUGUUGUGUCUCAGCAAGGUAUUUAAUCAGAAGCUUAUUUGGUAAAUAUGCAGUGUAAACUAGGUAAGAUAUGCUGUAUAUUUUAGUCUACUUAGCAGUAAAUCAUGUAACAGGCAGCCUAUAUGAAAAUAUCAUAUAACGGCGCAUUUUUUUUAUUUUAUCACAACAUGCAUGCAUUUUUCUAGAAACUCGCAAGCAAUUCAUGUCCAUUCACUAUUUUCUUUUUAACCUGUGUUCGAUACAUAAUCUGCAUUGGAAACCAUGGCAUAUGUUGAUCUUUGGCUGGGAUAUAGAAUGAAUUCACAAUAUAUACAAUAUAGAGAUCUUAUUUAAAGAAUGUAUAUAAUUCAUGGAGAAUGAAUGUCCAUGCUGCCAUCCAUUUUAUUCUUUAAUAUUCUUUUUAUUUUUAUAAAUCAUGUGUUUUCUGGUGGUUUCUGAUUAUUUUUAAGUAAAAGUGAGAGAUUUCACCCAUAUGUUGGGGAUUAUGGGGUAUUGUAUGAAUCUCUGAUUAAGGGUCUAUAGAAUAUGUUAUGUCCAAAGAUGUUUGUCAGAUGCAUUUGGAACUGUGUCGACAUAGGAGUCUGAUGUUUACAGAAGACAACCCCUAGAGGUUACAGUGUAAUUCUGCAAGUAGUGAGUGACAUCAGUGUUUUUCUGAUUUUACGUACUCAUGGAAAAGGUACGUUUAUGUCAAUGAAAGGGCCAGACCCUUAUUUUCUAAAGCAGUUUUAUUCAUUCAUAAUUUUAAACUUAAAAGGUAAGCCAUUAUUUUUUGCCUGAAUAAAGCAAUACAUUCAUUAGAAUAUAUAAUGUCAAUAAAUUAUUCAGAUUGAA